CUUGUUCCCAAAGCGACUCUGUCUCCUUUGCACUGGGUCCCAUGCAUGGCGUGCGAAAAAAUGCAAGGCCGCGCAUGGCCUUGGCGCCACUGACCGUGUGGGUGGCGUUCACGGUGCCGCGCACGGUGUCGUUGGUGCUGCCAGGCGACCGAGCUGCGACGGCUGCGCUGAAGAAGGACUUGCUCGGGGCGGUGGCCUCUGGAGCGCAGGAGGAGAUCUUUCGAAAAGCCAAAGAGCUGGAAGAUCUGGGACUCACCGAGUCCCCAGUGGCUGGCAGAUGGUCCUUGGUCUACUCCACGCAGACUGCUGCUGAUGUGAAGCAGGAGGAGUCUAUCUUCAGCACCCUGACGGCGGCCUUGUAUCGACUCUUCUUUCGCUUUGCACCCUUUUUGGCCGGUGGCCAGGACAAGCCCAAGGCUGGCAGGGACGGAAUGGCGGUGCCCAAGCCCCCCAAGGCCUGGGGACCUGAAGAUCCUCAGGAAGAUGCCGGGAAGAUGCCCCGAGAACGAGGCAGCUGUUGGAGUUCUCACAUGGAGCAACAACUACGAGGUCGAAGUUCUUGGCCCCUUCAGCCUUUCCAUCGGCAACGAGCAGCUGGUGGAUUUCGCCUCAAAGCGCGUGGACAACCGUGUGGCGCUACGUCUGGGAACCUCAGGGCCCAAGGUCAACGUCCGCGUGAAGGGCGACUUGGCGGGAGAGGAUCCCAGAGAUUUGGAGGUUACCUUCACCAGCUUCGUGGUGGAGUUGCCCAACCUGCCCAUGGUGGAGCUGCCACUGCCCAGGCCCAGGGGCCGGCUCCGCACCAGCUUCUGUGAUCGCGAGCUGCGGCUCUCGCGAGGCGGCCGCGGUGGGCUUUUCGUCCUCAAGCGCCUGGCACCAUGAGCGGAUUCAGAUUCGCAGAAGCCGAGACUGCGGUCGACGUGAGCGUGAAGGGCGAGGUUGAUCCGGUGAGCCUUGGAGCUGUGGAAGGAGAGACUCGAGCACCAGAAAGCCUCCUCCACGCUGUGCAAAACCCU